AUGUCGUUUGUUGAACACGGUGGCCAAGAGGACAGUGUGGAGAGUAUGGAGGAAUUAAGAAAGAGGCUGGAAGCAGCUGAACGAGAGAAGCUGGAAUUGAAAUCGAAUUUGGAUUUGGUUGUUAAGCGUAAUCAGGAAAUGCUCGAACGACCCGCAAAUAGACAAGCAUAUCAACGAGAUUUGUGCCAUAAAUUCACAGCAUUCGUGCAGAAUCGACUGAGAUUUCAUCGUGCACUGGAACGAGUUUGUGCUGAGUGUAAAUCUACCCGAAAACAAGCAAACGUAAUGUCUGCUGGCGUUGCUACUGUUGGCCUUCUCGCUUCUAUACAACGUACUGCUCAAUAUUUAGGAUCGUUUGUAUCUGUUGGUGCGAUAGCGUUGAACACAUAUAUUGGCUGGAAGAGCGAUCGGGAUGAAGCGGAAUGCAUUAGACAAUUACGUAUCCUUGAAGAGACUGAUUUGAAGAUGGUGGGAAUCCUUUUGAAUGCGUACGAUGAAUUUUGCGUCACAUUCAAGAUCCCAAAAGAAAUCGGUGAUGAAGACAUGAUGCGAUUACACCUCGACACAGUUUGUUCAUCGAUGAUCUCGUUCGUUGAUGGAUACAACACUGGCGACCUGUCAUCAACUCCAGUAGCUCUGCCAGAUCUGGAACGCCUCUUAAAAUAUGGUUUUGAAAAUGCAAUCCUUCCGGUUCUUGCCCAUAUUGGUAAUUCGAACGUUCCCGAACUGCUCAAUCUAUACUCCACUCUGUCGGACGCCGCCUCCUUAACAGUAUCAGGUGCUGAAAGUGCGAACGAUAUUUUGAAAGCAAUUUGCGGCUUAGUUCAUGGAUUUUGCGUUGUGAACGCUUUAUUUGAUCUGUGGAAUGGAUCCGAAUCAGAUGCUAUUAAACGAAUGAGGUCGUUUAUUGAGCAACAAAAACAUGAGCUGGAAUUGUUUCAGUCUGCUGUUGAAGCAGUGAACUGA